AGUCAGAGGGUCAGCGUCUUCUCCUCGCUCCUCCCACUGUCGGAUGAGUCGUAUUUGAGCUUCUUGGAGACUAAAGAAAGCCAGACAUUCAAGAGACAAGGGGACACACACACACAGAGACACACUCACUCACUCCAGCUCCCUGCUGAUGUUAGGAGAUUCCCGACGCUCGCAGCUCUAGUUAAUCAGUAGUUUAGUGCAUCACACAUGGCUUCCUAGCGCUGCUCACCGUUUCACUUGUUUUCCACAGGACUACGUCUGGCUUUUCUGGACUUUUUGCCGUCUUUUAUUUCCAAAUGCUGACAGAACCGUGCGGGACCAUGGCGAUGGGGUCAGAAGUUCGAGAUCUGGCCCUUUUGACGGGACCUCCAUUGCCCUCCCUCACCGGAGUCAGCGGUGGCUGCGGUAUGUCAAUGGGCAGCGGCCAGUGGACCCAGCUCCUGGACCUACAUUCAGGUUCUACGUACAACUCCCUGCCGUCGCACCACUCCAUCAUCAAGCAGGAGCCGGGGUGGGCGGGCGGCGAGGUCGUGGAGGACCCCCACUGUGGUCUUGGGGCCUUCACGGUGCACUUCUCCGGACAGCUCACAGGCUCAGGCCCGUGUCGGGUCGGAGCGUUCGGAGAGUCGACUGCCAGCCAGCCCAGAGUUUUCCCGAACGGACCCUACCUCUCGGGAUGCGUGGAGAGUCCACCUGUGGGCCGCAACCAGGGUUAUGGAGCGAUGAGUUUGGAAAACAACCCCAGUUACGGUCACACGCCGUCCCAUCACACCCCUCCGUUCUCCAGUCUGUCCUUCAAACACGAGGACCCGCUGUCUCCCGCCAACACCAUAGGUGACCAACAGUACCCAGGGCCUCCGCCUAUGUUCGGCUGUCACAGUCCUCCAGAGUCAUGCCCCAGCAGUCAAGGUCUCCUGCUGAGGAACUACAAUAGCGACAAUCUGUACCAAAUGGCCUCACAGCUGGAGUGUGUGACAUGGAACCAGAUGAACACGCUGGCAUCGUCCAUGAAGAGCAGCCACCCGCCUCCCUUCGAUAGUGACCCCGCAGCCACUCCUCCCAUGCUGGUCAGCGCCCAGUACCACAUCCACACCCACGGCGUCUUCAGGGGACUGCAGGAUGUCAGGCGGGUCACUCCCACCGUGGGGAAGUCUUCCGACAACAUCGAGAAGCGUCCCUUUCUGUGUCUCCAUCCAGGCUGUGGCAAGAAGUACUUCAAACUCUCACACCUGCAGAUGCACGGCCGCACCCACACAGGUGAGAAGCCGUACCCAUGUGACUACACAGACUGUGGGAAAAGAUUUUCCCGCUCGGACCAGCUAAAGAGACACCAGCGGAGACACACAGGAGUGAAGCCUUUUCAGUGCCCGACGUGUGGGAGACAGUUUGCACGGUCAGACCAUCUUAAGACUCACAUUCGGACACAUACAGGUAAAACAAGUGAGAAGCCUUUUACCUGCAGGUGGUCCAACUGUCAGAAGAAGUUUGCCCGCUCAGACGAGCUGAUGCGCCACCACAGCAUGCACCAGAGGAACCAGACCAAGCAGCAUCCUGCCAUCUGAGCAGCGAGCGGAGGAUGAGGAGGAGAGAGGACGGUGACAGUACGUGGUGCCAGCUUUGUGGGGAGAGACACUUGGAGCUCGGUCAGCGGUCAUGGUUCCGUGCCAGACCUGCAGCGGUGGAGGGGCUCAGCUGAGGCCGUCAGGAUCCGCCAGAGCACAGAGCAUCAGCACUUGAUUUAAACCAAAAAAAUCUCUUUUCAACUUUCGGGUCACAUGUAAAUUCGGUAUAUGAGAUGAAUAACCACUUCAUAGACGGCGUUCAUGAGGUGUUCUACAAGCGUUGUACUGCAUUUGCACUGGCUCUUUCUCUGAAUCACAACUGUACAUAGCGCUGAACUUUAGGAUGUAGGAAGCAGAGCUGUAAAUGUGCGUCAGUCGCUAUACUCACACGGCUCACACACGAUACACUAGUUGUACAGAUUUGUUUUAUGUAUUACAUCUGUAAGUUCAUAAAGGAUUUGCCUGUGAUUUACCAGUGUCCAACUGCUACGGUUUGAUGCGGAAGAAUCUAAUGCAAGGAACAAGGGGAGAGUGGUUGAGACAAGAUGGCAACACAUGCAACAGCAACAGAUUUUUAGAGCAAAACACUCCAGGCACAUGGUUCAACCACACAAACACAUAGUUGCACAAAGGAGUCGCUUUCAAAUCGUGACACAAUGAAACACAAACACACUACAAAAACAUACACUGAUGUCGGCGUGCGAAAACACGCACACAUACGUACUCAUAAAGACCAACACUCAGCUAUGACAAACUCAGAAACACUGAGAACUCGUAUUGUGGGGACAUUGAGAGGACACCUCAUUGCCAUAACCCUUUCCCCAGCCUCUCACCCUGAGCUUAACCAACCUGAACCAAGACUCUGAACCAAACUUAAACCCAGUUAUAAUGACCCAGUUGUUUUGAAGUGUUCAUCCUCAAAUUGUUGAGUCUUAACCUUGUGGGGUCCAGCAAAAAAACUCCCCACAAAGCAGGGAUUGGUCCCCACAACUAUAGCUAAACCAGGUGCACACACACACACACACACACACAUACACACUCUCUCUCUCCCUCCCUAUCUCACACACACAUUCUUUCCUCCUCUCACACGCACACAUGUCAUGUUAUUGUGUUUUGUGGGGACAUUUCAUUGCCACGACCCUUUCCCCAGCUUCUCAACAUAAACCUAACCAUCCAAGACGAAUGACUAACCAAACUGAAAUUCAAGUUUUACUCCUCAAAUUGAGGCUUAAUCUUGUGGGGACCGGCAAAAGGUCCCCGCAGGUAUAGCUAUAAAGGUUCGCACACACAUUCUCUCUCUCUCUCACACACACACACAGGGUGAUAAACAGUACAGCAGGCCCCUCAGAGACUUGACAUGUUGCAGGUCCCUGUCUCUUAAAUCUCAGACUCACAUCUACAUAACUGGGAACAUCUGGAGCUCAAUAAGUCCAAUUACUGAAGACACAUACCAAAGUGUCAGCGUCUGGGCCGCUCUGACCGGACCCUCCCGUCUGCCCCGGACCCCCAGCAUGUCAAGCCUCUCAGGUCCCUUGUGAACUCAGCAGUUUACAUC